AUGGUGGUGGGUUAUAGGACUCUUACCGGUCUUCUCUAUGCGACUGUGGGUGCGGUGUUUGCCGCGGAGUCACACCUUGAGCCGUCUGGUUUACAGUCUACCCCUCUUGAUCUAUCACCGUUCUACAACAACAAAGCCUUUGGGACGUAUCCGGGCGAGACCUCCUUCGAUACAUUGGGUCAAUCGUAUCCGGCGCCGGAUCUAGGGACACCCUAUUACACGUCUAGCGACACAGGCAUAGUCUACUCGUUCCCGGGAUAUACCGGACCUGACAAAUCGGAUAAUGUUAUAGUCGACGGUCAGACUAUAACCGUAUCCGCCGGGUCGUACUUCUCGGCUUCGUUCCUGAUAUCUGAAGAUAAGCAGGAAGCUAUAGUAUCAGGGAACGUGACUUUUACAUAUACCGAUAAUAGCACGUCGGUAUACGAACUACGUUCCUUGGAUUGGUUCAGCUUCCUGACUAUCAAUCGCGGCGAGCUGAUCUUCCCAAGUCGCUUCACCGCGACCGGCGUGGACUACAAUGCCAGCCACAUCUUCGAGCGCAGCGCAGCAUUGAGUCCGGGCAAGGAAUUGCGCGCUAUCUCUCUGCCAAAAGCGACAAAUGCAAGCGAUGGCAGAUUGCACGUAUUCGCUAUCUCGUUAUGGACCGGUAGUUCGGUAGUAGAUGUACAGUCAAUUCGUCCAACUCAGAAAUGGAUUAGCAGUGGCGUACAAGCAGUCGAAAUCACGUUGAAUAAUGCGGGAUCCGAAUGUGUUGCGGGUGAUGGCUUGGCCUUGACCCUUUCGGGGGACAGUCUUCAGACGACCGGAGAAGGACAUCUCAAGCGUUUAUGCCCUGGAGACCAAAAAGUCGUCACUAUCGGGGUAGAGACCUUGGAGACCCCCUCGGAGGCUAUCAACGUCUCGGUAAUCCUGAACUACGAUGGUAGCGAACGGAAAACCGAGUUCAGCGACGUCCAAUUCGGGUUGAUGGAGUGGACUACAGACCUUGAGAAUCUUGCAAAACACGAGAGUCCGCAAUGGUUUAACGAUGGCAAAUAUGGAAUAUUUAUCCAUUGGGGUCCGUACGCCGUCACGGGAUGGGGAAACUCGUCGCCGCACGAAAGUUAUGCGGAAUGGUUUUGGUGGUACACAACACACCACCCUCAAGCUGAUGCCUCGGACUUUUAUGACUACCGGCUGCGAACAUACGGCAAAGACUGGGCAUAUGACGAUACCUUCCCAAACUUUACAGCGUCGGCCUACGAUCCGAAGGAAUGGGUCGAUCUGAUCGCCGACGCAGGCGCCAAGUACUUCGUCAUAACGUCGAAGCACCACGAUGGCUUUGCAAUCUUCGACCCUGGCAACUCUAGCAACCGAUCUGCUUUGAACUAUGGCCCGAAACGGGACCUAAUGGGCGAGUUAUUCGAUGCAGCCGCAACGUACCAACCACAGCUCAAACGGGGGACCUACUUCUCGCUACCGGAGUGGUUCAACCCUGAUUUCGGCCCAUACGGUUUCGAUCAAUUCGACCCAGCUCUCGUACCAGGAACCACCAGUUGGCCCGGCGUCCCAGCAACAAACCCAUACACGGGCGUCGUGGAGCCGUAUACCGGACAUAUCCCGGUCGACGAUUUUCUCGAGGACGUCAUGCUCCCGCAGAUGAACACAUUGGCGUACACCUACGGCACAGACAUCAUGUGGUGCGACUGCGGGGCCUCGAACGUGACCGCGACGUUCGCCUCGUCUUGGUUCAACGCCGCGCGUCAGCAAGACCGACAAGUCGCCAUCAAUAGCAGGUGCGGUGUCGCUCAAGCCGCCGACUUCGAUACACCGGAGUACAUGCGAUUCGGGUCGGCGCAACGAAGAAAAUGGGAGAGCAACCAAGGGAUGGAUCCGUACAGCUACGGGUAUAAUCAGGCGACGCCGGCGGAGGCUUACAUGAAUGCGAGCACGUUGAUCUACACGCUUGUGGAUAUCGUGUCUAAGAACGGGAAUCUGCUGCUCGACAUCGGACCCCGCGCCGACGGGUCUAUAGUGCAAGAGGAGGUGGACCGACUUCGCGAGGCUGGACGUUGGAUUAAGAGCCACGGGGAAGCUGUGUUUGAUACGACGUACUGGUUUGUGCAGAGCGAGAUCCCGGGGGGUCCUGAUGUGAGGUUCACGCAGACGGAGGAGGCAUUUUACGUGUUAUUCCUAGAACGACCAGUGGUAAAGGACGGGGUCGUCGAUAUUGCGGCGCCGGUGCCUGUGUUGGAAGGCGAUAAGGUUAGUCUGCUGGCUGUUGAAGGUGGUGAGAAGUUGGCGUGGAAAGUGAUCGGACAGGGCAGUCAGACGGUCCUAAAAAUCGAGGUUACCGAUGUGCUCUUGGAUAAAGAGGAGUUUUGCUGGGUCUUUAAGAUUGGGUAUGCGUGA